AUGUCUCUUUCGCGGAGCACCGUUCGACUUCUAUCGCAGCGCACCUUGUCGCGGGGGUUCGCGACUGAACUUCCUCGACCACCACCUCCAACGCACCAGCCAGUCAUCGAAACCUUCUCGGAUACAUCUAAACCGCGGCCAUAUUAUGCGAAACAUCCACCUUUCAAAGAUCUUCCACGAGAAAAGUCAAAAUGGCCUCUGGCGGCGGCUACGUUAUUCGCCGGUGUGUCUGGGUGGGCCUUGUUCAUGACGUUCGCCACGAAUCAGGAGAAAUUGUCGAGCUCGGUAUUCCGGAGCAUUGUCCGUGCUUUGAGGGCCGAUCCUCAGCUACAGGAGGUGCUAGGGGAGGCGAUUAGGCCUCAACCGGAGUGGUACCUGAACGGGGAUCCCCAUGUCAAGGGCCAUAUUAGCCAACUGCAAGGGAACAUUGACGUGAGCUUUAGAGUGCGAGGGUCAAAAGGUUCCGGAACAUUAUACUUCACUAGCAUACGGAAAGAAAAGGGGGCACCGUUCACCGUCCUUCGAUUCAAAGUUAUUUGCGAUGAUGGGACAAUUGUUAAUAUUAGCGAUGCUGCUCCUCCGAUAUGA